AUGAAUAUUACUGAAGACAAGUGGUCUAUUCAACAGCAAUCUCAGGUCCCCCCUUCUCCUCACCAUCCACAUCCCGUAAUGUCCCCACAAAUGAACAGUAUGCCUACGGAAAACUUUAUGCAACCCUUUUCAUAUGACGGUCAAGCUACACAUCAACAAAUCUUUGUACCAAUGCCUCCACAAAAUCCUUCAGCGGCUCGACAAGCUAAUUCUCCAACUAAUCCUUCAAACAAUAAUUCAUCAAACCCCGCUUCAGAUCGUAAAGUCUUGGAUAAUCGACCUACUUUCACAACCACGUUUCACGCUACACCUUUCCAAACUGGUGCUGCUAGGAAACGUAGGACUGAUGUGUUAGGUUUCGCACAAGACUCUGGUCCAUUCUUCUCACCAACUCAACAACAUUAUAGCAUUUAUAGUGUGGAUAGAUCUUUAAGUGCAUUUUCCAUCUCUGGUACAACACACAAUAUUAAUGAAGCUGAUGUACCAUGCUUAAUUGAAGUUGAUGGACAAUUCCAUUCUGUUAAUCAAUACUUAUUGGGAAUCACUGCUCGUGUCUCUAAUAGCGACAAGAAAAUUGAACUUGUACAGCACACUCCAAAACGAGACAAAGGUCCUCAAAUGGUUCCCGUUCCAAAACCAAUUCGUGCUGGUGGAAAUUUGAGUCUUAGUUCUGUUGGUUCUAACUCAAAUAUUGUAACUUUUGAACGUAUUCAAUUCAAGACUGCUACUGCUAAUAAUGGAAAACGUCGAGCUGCCCAACAAUAUUAUGUAGUAAUGGUCGAUCUUUAUGCUCAAACUGAAAAUGGUGAAUACAGGGUUGCUACUUCAACUUCUGCUCCCUUGGUCGUACGUGGUCGUAGUCCUGGUCAUUAUGCUGAUAAUCAUGAUCGUUAUAAUCCAAUGGGUAUAAAUCCAACUUUCCCAAAUGAUCGUCACAUGGGAUUCCCUCAUCCUCAAGGACCAAAUGGUGCUCCUAUGAUGCCACCAGAUUUUAAUGGUGCUCCUUUUCCAGGACCAUAUAGUCAAUACCAGCCCUUUUCAGGUUACCCCCCAGUGAAUGGGGGGCCAAUAAGGAAUGAUGCUUUAUUGAUGAUGGGUUCAAAUGGUCAAGCUCCUCAAUUUCAUCCUCAACAUCCUCAUCAACAAUAUAUGGUACAAAGUGUUACUGAUAAUGAUAACCAAAAUCAAGAAAUGUAUAGUAAUGCAAAUAUGGAUCCAACUAUUGUUAAUAGUUCUCAUGACCCAAAAUUGCAUGAAAUGCAUAUGGAUGGAGUUACUGCAACAUCUGGACCACAUUCAGCAUUUUCGAAUUUCGAAUCUCGUCAAAUUCCAACGACGGUAGCUGGUUCAAACGCUUCACAAGGUAGCAAACCAUUUAUGAAGAUCGAAAUCCCUCCUUCUUCUGAAAUUCCAGAUCAUCCACUAACCUCGCCCGCUUAUCAUUCACAAGAGUAUGUUGAGGGAUUCCAUAUGUACAACGGUAGUCAUCCUGCAAAUAAUGCAUCUACUCAUCACGGCGGUUAUCAUUCUGACAGCGAACAACAUAAUAUGAACGGACGUCCAACAAGACCAGAUGGUUCCUUGGAUCAUAACCAUUCACCACAAAUGAAGAGCGAUAAAUCGGAACACAAUUCAAAACCAUUAUCAACUAAUAAAAAUAUCACAACUCCAACAACCGAAUUAGGAAAAAAUCUUAGCCAAUUAAACAUGAAUUACCGAAUGAGUAAAAUGGAAGAAGAUAAGCUGUAA